AUGCUCCUUCGUGGUUUCAGCGCCGAUGCUCUGACUUAUGGAUAUUUAAUGCAUGGGUUAUGCAGAAUGGGGCAAGUUGAUGUAGCAAGGACCUUGCUGAACAAAAUUCUCAGUCCCAAUAUUGUGCUCUAUAAUACAUUAAUCAAUGGAUAUGUUGCUAGUGGAAGGUUUGAAGAGGCGAAGGAUCUUCUGUACAACAGCAUGGUAACUGCAGGUUAUGAGCCUGAUGCUUACCCGUUUAACAUAAUGAUUGAUGGACUUUGCAACAAGGCAGAUUAG